GCCCCCGAGAGGCCGGAGCGCGGUGCGGAGCCCGGGAGCGACGCGGACUCGAACCCUCCUCUCAGGGCCUGCGCGCUCCGGGCCGGCGAAGCGCCUGCGACUGCCGCCUCUCCCCGAGGGGGUGCCCCGGCCCCCGCCCGCCCCCAGAGGAGUGCCCCUCGGCCCCCGGGCGCCCCUGGCGGAGCCCGCACCCCUGCAGCCAGCGGCCCUUCGGAGGGCAGCGGAAGAGUUUCCCAGCGGGCGAGGGAAAGAGGGAAAGUAGCCAGCCAUGUCGAACGCAAUGUAUAAUAAGAUGUGGCAUCAGACCCAAGAAGCCCUCAAUUCUUUGCUUGAUAAAGAGUCUCAGAAGAUGACAGAACCACAAAAAAAUCGAGUUUUCUUCUUCCAAAUGUUAGCCACCUUCUACAUAAAAUAUGUACAGAUCUUUAGAAACCUGGAGACUGUCUAUGACAAGAUGGUCCACCCACAGAAACGAACACUGAUCCGGACGGUACUGGAUGGGGUGAUGGGCCGCAUCCUGGAACUGAAGAAUGAAAUGGUUGAAUUGGAAUUAACCGAGUUUCAUUAUUUUGAUGACAUCUUACAGGAUCUAAAGUUGGCGCCUCAACAGUUAGACAUUCCCAUACCCAAGUACUUUUUGAAGGAGAAGGUGGAAGUGAUAAAAGAAAGAGAGAAAAUCCUUGCUCAGAUAUUGGCCGAGAGUGGAUUAGCUACAAAGGACCUGAAAUAUUCAGCAAAGAGUAUGCCCAUAGAAGAGGCUGUUAAAUUGAUCCAGAUUGCUGAGAGGGCACGGCAAGGUCGCCUACGAGCGCUAUUCAUGAAGCAAAUCUAUCUGCAAGAGUACAGGGCGAAGCUGUCCAAGGCACUCGGUGAGAAAGUGACAGACACCAAGGCCGCUGCACUCUGUAUUCAGAAGAUUUGGCGAGGUUUCCAUCAAUAUAAGAGAACUGAAAAAGAAAGAGAAGAGGAGAUGAUAUUCCUGGGUAUGGACCCACCUCCUUUCUUUAAUCAAGUCAGCACUACAGUAAUCAAGGCCGAAAGGGUGGACCGUCUGCGGGAGGAAAUACAGACAAAGCAUGAAGCGAACUACAAGGCAGCCUUGGUCACCAUCAAGGAUAACCUGAAGUUAACAGAAGGCCCAGACAUCAGAGAGAGCCUUCAGGAGCAGAUCCGGCACUGGUUCAUCGAAUGCAGAAAUUUAACUGGUACAUUUCCUGACUUCCCUGAUGUAGAAGAAGGUGGCUCAGCUCUUAUUUUUUCUAAUAAGACCCCACAACAGGUUAUUGAUGAUAUUAUUGCAAAACAAGAAGAGGAUGAAAGAGGCAAAAAGAAAAAGGGCGAAAAGGGAAAAACCCCCAAGAAAGCCAAGAAAGAGAAGGAAAGGAAAUUAAUGAAGGAAAAGAAGGAAAAGUCAAAGGAAGAAGAGGAGGAGUGGAAAAUGUCACCGAGUGUUUUCUUUCAGACGAUGGAGGAAGGAAAUAACAUAUACAAAGACAUGUGGAUGAAUAAAGACGAAUCUUGGAAUUUCCCUCAAGACUAUGAUCCAGAACUGGUCAAAGAGGAGAAAUGGAAAGAAUUAGAGUCAGAGCUAAGGGUGCAGGUUGAUGAGUUGAUGAGACAAGAACUAAAAAACUUGAAACUAGCUGUGAACAGAGAAAGGGAAUUCCCAGGCAAACCAGGAAAGAAGAAAGAUAAGAAAAAUAAAGGGAAGAAAGGCAAAAAAGGGAAAAAGGACAAAGACCUGACAGCUGACAGGACCAUCGAGUCUCUGUACAGGGAGCUGGUGGAAGAAGGAUUACUGAUCCAGGCUCUGAAAGUCAACCUCUCGGAUUACAUCGGUGAGUACAGCUACCUGGGGACGACUCUUCGCCAGGUGUCCAUAGAGCCCAUGCCUUCCCUGCUGGACGUCAGACAGCUCAUCACGUUGUACGGAAUCUUGCCGUUAGGUUCUGCAGCAGUGCACGCGAAAGCUCCCUUGGUGAAGUCGCUGCUGUUGGUGGGGCCGCCCGGGGUAGGGAAGAAAAUGCUGGUCCACGCCAUCUGUACCGAAACGGGAGCCAACCUCUUCAACUUGUCCUCGCGUAACAUUGCAGGAAAAUACCCCGGCAAAAGUGGCCUCCAAAUGAUGCUGCAUGUGGUCUUCAAGGUGGCUCGGGAGCUCCAGCCCUCCGUGGUGUGGAUCGAAGACACAGAAAAAACCUUUUACAAGAAAGUCCCCCAUGCGGAAAAGAUGAAUGAACCUAAACGCCUGAAAAAACAGCUUCCGAAAAUCCUCAAACUCCUGAAACCAGAUGACAGGAUUCUGAUUGUGGGGACAACACAGCGUCCUUUUGAUGCCGAAAUCCAAUCAUUCUGCAAAGUUUACCAAAAAAUUAUUUUGGUUCCCAGACCGGACUAUGCUUCCAGAUAUGUUUUGUGGAAACAAAUCAUUCAGCGCCAUGGAGGAAUCCUUUCUAAGACCUUGAAUGUCAGCUGCCUGGCAAAGAUCACCGAUGGCUUCACCCAAGGACACAUCGUCGAAGUGGUUAAGGAUGUGCUCACAGAUCGGAGAAUCCGGCAGCAGACUUACAAACCGCUCACCGCAGCCGAGUUCACUGAGGCGAUAACCGGCAUGAGUCCAGUGUACAAAGAGGAAGAAGAGAGCUUCAAGAGCUGGUAUGCCAAAACCCCUCUGGGGAAAAAGCGAGCCUUGGCCUUAACGGGAGACACCACAGAAAAGGCAAAGGAUAAAGGGAAAAAGAAAGAGAAGAAGGGGAAAAAGAAGAGAAAGUAGUGGCUUUCUGAGGACCACGGUUGGGUCUCCCUGGGGGCAGACGGCCGUAGCUCUCCAGAGACGGACUCAGCGCUGCCCGGUGGAGCCCGGGCAGGAGGAACAGAAAUGUGCAGCGGCGAUGCGCGGACUCACCCCCACUGCGUGUGCCAGGUCACGCCGGCGAGCCUGGCACCGUGCCCGUGUCGUAACAAUCGUUUCUGUCGCUUAAUCUACGUCAAGUUUCUAUAUAACUGAAACCCACAACCUUUCCAAGUUGGCUGCUUCAUCUCACCGGUACUCGUUGUCGGAUUUAAGAUGUGAGCGAGACUAUUCUAAUUUGACAACUAUUAAGUCAUGACUAUAUUAUCGGUACACUAGCUUCUUACUAAUCCAUAGACACUGUAUAGUAUCUUGCACACAUUUUAAUAAAUUAAUUAUUUGCUGUA